AGUAAUUGGUUGUAGCAGACCGGACUUUGUUGAAGUUGGAGGUAUUCCGUUACUGUACCUCCAACAUUUACUGUACCUCUCAAGGAAACUGCAAAAACGUAGUUCACAAGAUGUAUACGUUUAUGUUAAUUGUUUUAUAUUUCUCGACAGAAUGUAUUGUUCAGAGCCAAAGCGAGAUCUACUCGUUGAAUUACAUCUACACUGCCCUCUCAAAGCCAGUUGAAUUGCCUGGUAUCCACGAGUUCACUGCCAUGGGUCUGUUGAAUGACAAACAGAUUGAUUACUAUGACAGUGUGGAUAAAAAGAAGAUUCCCAAACAGGACUGGAUGAGGGAGAAGCUGCCAGCAGACUACUGGGAAAAAGGCACUCAGUCACGCAAGAGCAAGGAGCAGUGGUUCAAAGUCAACAUCAACAUCCUGAUGGACCGCAUGGGGCACAACAACACUGAUGUUCAUGUCCUUCAGUGGAAACAUGGAUGUGAGAUUGACAAACAGCCAGACGGCACAUUGAAAUUCAUAAAGGGCACUGACCAAUACAGCUACGAUGGUGAUGACUUCUUGGCCUUUGAUUUUGCCACUAUGCAGUGGGUGGCACCAGUCGAUCAAGCUCUGCCGACUAAGAGGAAGUGGGACGGGGUGCAGAUCCUCAACCAGUACACCAAGGGCUACCUGGAGAAGGAGUGUGUGGACUGGCUGUCCAAAUUCAUGGAAUAUGGAGACAAAGAAUUAAGUAGCACUGACCCCCCUCCAAAUAUCUCUGUUUUUGCUAAAAAAGCCACACCUGCAGGAAAUGUCCGCCUGACCUGCAUGGCAACAGGUUUCUAUCCCAAAGAUGUGAUAAUUCAUAUUAAGAAGAAUGGGGUCCAACUGACCGAAGACGAUGGAGUGCAGUCUGACGGAGUCUUACCCAAUAAUGAUGACACCUACCAGAUCAGGAUUAGUGUGCAGAUCCCAGAGGCAGACAAGGAAAUGUAUGAAUGCUCUGUCAGCCAUACAACAUUGAACGAGUCAAUUGUGAAAAAAUGGGGUGCUGGUAAAUCAGGAGCUCUACCACCUCCUGGGAUCCAGACCCCUCUAAAUGGCAAUGGGAAUGGAGCGACCAAUUCGAACAUGACCACCACACCAAUGACAAUGGAUGGCGCUAGCGGCAUUUCCUCUGACUCAGGCAAAUAUGAGGAUGGAAGUAGCAACUCAUCAGACUCUGGUCAAGGCAGCCAGAAGGAAAAGUCUUCAGACGGAGCCAGUGAGGAGGAAGUUAAGACGCCAAUGCUGCCUAAUGGAAAGAUCUACUCGUUGAAUUACAUCUACACUGCCCUCUCAAAGCCAGUUGAAUUGCCUGGUAUCCACGAGUUCACUGCCAUGGGUCUGUUGAAUGACAAACAGAUUGAUUACUAUGACAGUGUGGAUAAAAAGAAGAUUCCCAAACAGGACUGGAUGAGGGAGAAGCUGCCAGCAGACUACUGGGAAAAAGGCACUCAGUCACGCAAGAGCAAGGAGCAGUGGUUCAAAGUCAACAUCAACAUCCUGAUGGACCGCAUGGGGCACAACAACACUGAUGUUCAUGUCCUUCAGUGGAAACAUGGAUGUGAGAUUGACAAACAGCCAGACGGCACAUUGAAAUUCAUAAAGGGCACUGACCAAUACAGCUACGAUGGUGAUGACUUCUUGGCCUUUGAUUUUGCCACUAUGCAGUGGGUGGCCUCAGUUGUUCAAGCUGUGCCGACUAAGAGGAAGUGGGACGGGGUGCAGAUCCUCAACCAGUACACCAAGGGCUACCUGGAGAAGGAGUGUGUGGACUGGCUGUCCAAAUUCAUGGAAUAUGGAGACAAAGAAUUAAGUAGCACUGACCCCCCUCCAAAUAUCUCUGUUUUUGCUAAAAAAGCCACACCUGCAGGAAAUGUCCGCCUGACCUGCAUGGCAACAGGUUUCUAUCCCAAAGAUGUGAUAAUUCAUAUUAAGAAGAAUGGGGUCCAACUGACCGAAGACGAUGGAGUGCAGUCUGACGGAGUCUUACCCAAUAAUGAUGACACCUACCAGAUCAGGAUUAGUGUGCAGAUCCCAGAGGCAGACAAGGAAAUGUAUGAAUGCUCUGUCAGCCAUACAACAUUGAACGAGUCAAUUGUGAAAAAAUGGGGUGCUGGUAAUUCAGGAGCUCUACCACCUCCUGGGAUCCAGACCCCUCUAAAUGGCAAUGGGAAUGGAGCGACCAAUUCGAACAUGACCACCACACCAAUGACAAUGGAUGGCGCUAGCGGCAUUUCCUCUGACUCAGGCAAAUAUGAGGAUGGAAGUAGCAACUCAUCAGACUCUGGUCAAGGCAGCCAGAAGGAAAAGUCUUCAGACGGAGCCAGUGAGGAGGAAGUUAAGACGCCAAUGCUGCCUAAUGGAAAGAUCUACUCGUUGAAUUACAUCUACACUGCCCUCUCAAAGCCAGUUGAAUUGCCUGGUAUCCACGAGUUCACUGCCAUGGGUCUGUUGAAUGACAAACAGAUUGAUUACUAUGACAGUGUGGAUAAAAAGAAGAUUCCCAAACAGGACUGGAUGAGGGAGAAGCUGCCAGCAGACUACUGGGAAAAAGGCACUCAGUCACGCAAGAGCAAGGAGCAGUGGUUCAAAGUCAACAUCAACAUCCUGAUGGACCGCAUGGGGCACAACAACACUGAUGUUCAUGUCCUUCAGUGGAAACAUGGAUGUGAGAUUGACAAACAGCCAGACGGCACAUUGAAAUUCAUAAAGGGCACUGACCAAUACAGCUACGAUGGUGAUGACUUCUUGGCCUUUGAUUUUGCCACUAUGCAGUGGGUGGCCUCAGUUGUUCAAGCUGUGCCGACUAAGAGGAAGUGGGACGGGGUGCAGAUCCUCAACCAGUACACCAAGGGCUACCUGGAGAAGGAGUGUGUGGACUGGCUGUCCAAAUUCAUGGAAUAUGGAGACAAAGAAUUAAGUAGCACUGACCCCCCUCCAAAUAUCUCUGUUUUUGCUAAAAAAGCCACACCUGCAGGAAAUGUCCGCCUGACCUGCAUGGCAACAGGUUUCUAUCCCAAAGAUGUGAUAAUUCAUAUUAAGAAGAAUGGGGUCCAACUGACCGAAGACGAUGGAGUGCAGUCUGACGGAGUCUUACCCAAUAAUGAUGACACCUACCAGAUCAGGAUUAGUGUGCAGAUCCCAGAGGCAGACAAGGAAAUGUAUGAAUGCUCUGUCAGCCAUACAACAUUGAACGAGUCAAUUGUGAAAAAAUGGGGUGCUGGUAAUUCAGGAGCUCUACCACCUCCUGGGAUCCAGACCCCUCUAAAUGGCAAUGGGAAUGGAGCGACCAAUUCGAACAUGACCACCACACCAAGCAAAUAUGAGGAUGGAAGUAGCAACUCAUCAGACUCUGGUCACGGCAGCCAGAAGGCAAGGUCUUCAGACGGAGCCAGUGAGGAGGAAGUUAAGAUGCCAAUGCUGCUUAAUGGAAGUGGCUAGAUGACUUGGUGGCCAAACUUCCUGACGGGACCAGUCAAUUAAUUUCAUAGUAUGCCUAUUGAUAACGCUUGUUAUUCAGUUACACUGCUCAAUUCUUAUAAGCUUGUGAUGGAAAUGAUAGUUACUUUGUGUUUGUUAGCUGUUCUUGAGUAAGGUUCUGUACUUCCAAAUACACUACAGUUCAAUGUGUCCCUUUCUCCUCAACGAAUUUAUUCUGUAGUACAUUUCAUGUUUUACUGUUACACUGGAUGUUACUGUAUGGAGAGAGGUUAACACACAAUGAAAAGGCAUAUUUACAGUAUUUGUAUCAGUCUUCAGGGAUUGUAACUAGAUCAGGGUUAUAUAGGCCUAGAAGGAUACUCUAUGUUGGUAUGUUUUCAUACCUCCAGUCUCUGCCCAAUCGGUGACAAACUCUUCUUUUUUAAGUAACAUAUCAAAAUAGUUAUCGUACAUUUUCAGUAACAAAAAAGCAUUGUUAAUCCUUUGGGUAUUUGCAGUAUAAUUUGUUAUGAUUGUUUAUUUCAACCUUGGGCCCAUUUCAAAACCGUUCACUGGGUUUCUAAUCUAAGACAAAGCUACUCUCUUGAAUGAAUAUGUACUGGAUUUUCUGUUUCUAUCACAUUUUAACAUUGUUUUAUGGAGGACACAAAUAAUCCCAACAUGUAGUCUUGAAGCGAUGGUAAAAAAUAUAUUUUCUCUUAUUCCCCAAAACUUUUUUUGUUUGUUGAAUAUGGCCUCCUUGUGUUAUGCAUGCUACGUGUGGACAAAAUUAUUUUGCCGAAUGAUUUCAAUAAUUUUGCAUGGCAUUGCUCUGUUACUAUGUACUAACCAGUAUGCUACAUUACUUAUCAAUUAUUGUGCCCACAGAUGCACUCAGAAACACACACGUGCACAUUGUUUAUAACCUGUACAUGCUUUUCAAAAUCUCCUGUAGGAUUUUUUGUGACAAAAAAAAUAAAUGAUAAAAUACUCAA